AUGAACAAUUCUAGCGAUAUAUUUAGUAAACAUUUUUUAAUUAUAGUAAUUUUAUUAUUAAUUAGAGUUGCAUUUUUGACGUUAUUAGAACGAAAAUUUAUAUCUAUAAUUCAAAUUCGUAAAGGUCCAAAUAAAGUUGGUUAUAAACGUUUAUUACAACCUUUUAGUGAUGCUUUAAAAUUAUCAAAUAAUAAUUAUUCAAUAUUAGGUUCUAUUCGUUCAAUUGCUCAAAUAAUUUUAUUUGAGAUUACAGGCUUACUGAGUUCAAAAACACAGGCUUACUGA